AUGGCCGAAUCAGCCCCCAAGCGCCUCAAGACCGACAGCCCCAGCGUCCUCGUCGGCACGCACAGCGGCCACUUCCACGCCGACGAGGCCCUCGCCGUGCACAUGCUGCGCAUGCUGCCCACCUACCGCGACAGCAGCCUCGUGCGCACGCGCGACCCCAAGAUCCUCGAGACGUGCCACACCGUCGUCGACGUCGGCGGCGAGUACGACGCCCAGCGCAACCGCUACGACCACCACCAGCGCGGCUUCACCACCACGUUCCCGGGCAAGAACACGAAGCUGUCCAGCGCGGGGCUGGUCUACAUGCACUUUGGCCGCGACCUGAUUGCCCAGAGCAUCCAACAGGCGGCGUCCAAGACUGAAGCUAGUGCUGCCGAUUCCAGCUCAGACGUCGAGCUGCUGUACAACAAGAUUUACGAAAACUUCAUCGAGGCCGUCGACGCCCACGACAACGGCAUCUCUCGCUACGACCGCGACGCCCUUCAGGCCGCGGGCAUCGAGCAGCGCUUCAGCUCCGGCGGCUUCACCCUCGGCGCCAUGGUCGGCCGCCUCAACCCUGCCUGGAACGACCCCAAGCCCGCCGACGCCGACGAGGCCCAGCAGGCCGAGGACCAGCUCUUCCUGACGGCCAGCCGCCGCAUCGGCGAGGAGUUUGAGCGCACCCUCGACUUCAUGACCGGCGCCUGGCUGCCCGCGCGCACCAUUGUCCAGCAGGCCUUUGACCAGCGCACAAAGUACGACGCAGAGGGCCGCAUUCUUGUGAUUGAGGGCCAGAGCGUGCCCUGGAAGGAGCACCUGUACACGCUCGAGGGCGAGGGCAACCCGUCCGUGCUGUACGUGCUGUAUGCCGAGAGCACUGCACCCGGCGCCAAAUGGAGGAUCCAGUGCGUGCCUGAGACGCAGGACUCGUUUACGAGCAGGAAGCCCCUGCCCGAGGCGUGGAGAGGGUUCCGUGAUGCUGAGCUGGAUGGCGUUUCUGGUGUUGACGGCUGUGUCUUUGUUCAUGCGGCGGGCUUUAUUGGCGGUAACAAGACGUUUGAGGGUGCCAGGGAGAUGGCUACCAAGGCAUUGGCAUUGUAA